UGUCCAUGGUUAUAAAGCGUUACUUAAUAUGAUGAUGUGUCAUGCGAUCCUCAGUGUUGAAGCACCUUGUUAGUGGUUGUGCCGGGUUGUUGGAGCAAUUGUCACAAGAAUGGGUCGUAAGCAAUAUCUUACUGUUUCGGAUGUCUUCGUAUUGGUGAUGUUACUGUCGCUUGACUGCGGGAUUGGAACUCACGCGAACCACAUGGCGUCCGAGACAGUCAAAAAUCAAUGCUCGAUUGCAUGUCCUCGAGCUCAUGCCUGUCAGCUGAUCAGCCGGACGGGAAAGUUUUUCUUGCGGUGUGCUCGCCUUGGAGGACAAUACAAACUCCAUCCCUACGUGGAAACGAGAUCCACAAGCCGCCAUGCAGAGAAAAAGAAAGACCGAUUACAUAAUAUCGUUAAACAAGUAAAGACAGGAAAUCCAAACCUCAUUGGAAAUAAUCAACAGCAAGGAAGCUCUUUCAAAUCCAACACAUUUGCAGAAAUAUCGCAGCCAAAGGGUGUCCAAAACCAACUAUCAAUGUUGAUAAAUCUUCAAAGUGAAUUGAAAAGUCAACUAGGACCUGCAAUGGGACUGUUGCCACGCCAGGCAUUAACAGACGCGCGCGUCAAGGGACAGAAAAAUACCGGGCAACGCGUGCCACCGAAUCCAGGACCGGUGGAUAAUCCCCAAAUUAAGGCGAAUAGCAUUCCACUAUCAGAAUUUAACCCGGCUGUGCCUGUGGUUGAAAACAUGCGUUAUGUACCAGGAGAGAGAGAACCAGUCUUCAAGGGUCUCAAAAUAGGCCCAGCAGUGCCGUCAGAUGUCAUCAUUGUGAAGAACAUCCCAGAUACACUAGCACACGAAUAUAUUCCUGAAAAUAUACCAGCACCUCAGACAAACGACAUAGGUGACCUCUCGGGAUUACUAAACUUUUCACCGUUUGGAGACAAUCUUGGCAACAGCGCAAACAUGGCAAGAACAAAUGGGGCAAGCCUUCAGACUGGCCAGUCAGCCAGGCGACGUGUGAAUACUGUUGAUUCUGUUGCCUCCCGCAUUCUUGCUGGGAGGAGGGACUCCUUGCAGUUUGCCCCAUCUAUCAACGAGUUGCCUAGUGGUAAUCCGGACUGCGAGUACUGUGAGACAUCAAACAACUGCACCUCACCGGAACGGCCUUACUGCUUCUUCGCGGCCAAUUGUGCCAGGCAGGCAUGUCAAGCAGUGUAGGAAAAACAGACCACUGCUCACAUACAUGCCAGUUACUAAAAAAACUAUUUGUGGUUGAACAUACUAAUAGUUGCAUGUAAAUGUUUUGUAAAAUGGCUAUUUUCCUACAGUAAGCGGUGUGUGUAAAUAUCCUAUUCAGGAUUAAAUAAUUAGAGAAAAAAUUAGUGUCAGAUUAUAUAACUAUGAGAGGGUCUCACAUAAUGUCUUGAUAAAUUCCCGAUGUCCACAGGUCUUUAUUAAAAAAUAAAUGUAGGGAUAAUACCAACGAAAUUCCAAACUGGUCCACUGACACAUGCUAAUAAGGCAAACAAGUGGGCGGAGCAUAGCAACACUGUUGUUUUGCUAAAAAUCAUAGAUAGGUUCUCGCUCGUGUUUUUGUAAAAUGCAUAUGUUUGUGCAUGCCGAAAUAAAAGGGUGGGAAAUCAUAAGGAGUGUUAAAACCCAAAUACUACCGUUGGAACCCUUCAGCAAAUGUUGAUAUUUCCUCAAAUAUCGUCUUUGAAGACCACAAUUUCCAUGUGUUGUUGUUGCGUGCUUGGUUGAUUUACAUUAUCACGUGAUCUUAUGAAUGUAUGUUCAAGAUAUCACUAACAUGUUUUGAAGUCCUCGUGACCUGGAGGAUCAGGGGUUGGAGAUUCAGAUUUUUCUUGACUUUAACGGCGUAGGUUCGCACUCCACUACAACCAAAAUAUUUUUUAUACUAGAACUGUGUCUUUUUCUGGAAUUUCGAUAUCAUAGAGUAAAAUUAUGACAAAAUAAAUGUUAGAAAUAUA